AUGGCUGCCGAGAUUGUGGUUUAUGUUGAUGAAUGCAUCUUGCAAGAGAACCGCCAAGGGGAACAGCCUUCGAGAAACGUCAUCUCCUUCAGCCAUGACGACAUGAAAGCAUUUGGCGCUAAGGUUAUGCAAAGACAGCGAGAUUGGAUCAGAAAUAUGCGCGUUCAACUUGGACAUUUGCAGUGGGCCAUGCAGGCUGCUGCUGCUGAAAGUAACUUGGGUACACUUGCAGACAAUGUGAAGUUCCAAUGCUCGUCGAUAAUAGAUACGACACCAAAGAAGAACAGAACCAUUGAGAGUAUGAUAGCCAACGCGUCCUUCUUGAUUGCCAUCGGAGAGAUCUUCGAUAACUGCAUACAGUACGUGCUCCUCAACACAGAAGUCGACGUCAGGAAAAUCCAGUGCAAGCUCAACCUGGAUGAAGGCACUUUGGUCAUCGAGGACAACGGGGUGGGAUGUGCGGAUCCCAAAGAGAUGCUUGUCAUCGGAUCUGGUCAAGACUCUUCCAAUGGGUCUUACAACCCGCAUUGCGCGUCCCUCAAGCGCUACUUGUGCGGGACUUUUUGCCGCUACGGGUGGGGCUCCAAAGUAGCUUGCAAUGCUCUUGGGGAGAGAUAUGUCAUCAGCAGCAAGACCAGGAACAGCGUGGUUGUGCGGAUGGUGGAAGAGUUCAAGAAGACAGCCUGGCAAGCCGUGGAGAAGGUCAGGUCCUGCGAUACCCAUGAACUUGCAGGGUCGAGCUUCUGUAAGAUUGAGAUUGAAGGCUUCAAGAAUCACUUUUUUGCCGGGAGCGAUCGGCCUUUUUCGCAGGAAUCCUUCGACGUCUGUCUGAGGAACUUGCUGGGAAUUUAUUUCAUGUACUUGGGCAGGGAAAAGACAGGAGCGAAGAGGUUUGCAGAAAAGGUCUCGAUGGAGGCGGGUCAAUCGUGUUUGAUGAGUCCGACUGAACCUCUUAUCGGCACGAUAGCGAGCGCGUUGCAAGGAGACAUGGACAGUCUAAAACAGAUGAUGCGAAGUUACACUAGCGUGGAGAACUCAAACUACAGUCAGAUCGACGUCAGUUUUUCAGUCAUCUACCAGGAGAUUGAAAGAAGCUACAAUCUAGUGGACUUGGAUUGUUGCCUGAACACUGUCCUGGGUGAUCAAGCAAAGGAUUGCUUUCCGAUAUACCUCAGGAUCGAAGAUGAAGAAGACCCAGAAUGUCCCAUCAUUGUCACAGGCGCCGUCUUCUACUUCCCAUAUGUCAACCAUGAGAACACGGUCCCUCGAGUGGACAAACUGCACAAGCAUCCAUGCACCGAGAACAGGCAUUUCAUGACGUUCUGGAUGGGACGUUGGCUUCCAUACGAGGAGUAUGUCCCUGAGUUUAUGAAGCGCCCAGACAAGGCUUUGUCCCCUUCACAACCUCCAAAGCGAUGUUUUGAACGCACCUUCGGGCUGCUCUUUGUCGAUCGUGGGAUCGAGCCAGAUGGCAGCAAGACGAAGUUGGACAAGGGAAAGAAGAUGUUCAAGAAGAUGGAUGAGGCCUUCGCGCUCGAGGACCGCAAGAAGGCCUUCGAAUCAUGGGUAAAGGAGUGUCACUUGGCACACGACGAGGAAGUCUAUUUUGUGGGGAACGAUCCGAAAUACUUGCAUGAAUUGAAGAUGUCAGAGCAUAACAAAAUCACUUUGUGCAAAGUCAAAUAUCAGGCCGGUGAUUUCGUGGAGUUGUUCAUGGAAACCAGGCAAGGACCUAAGACUGUUGGGCAGAUAGUGAGAUUUCUGCAAGAAGAUCACUUUUCCAAGAACAAACCAAGAGGCGAGGUGGAGCUGAGAAUUUUGGACUUUAAGAACAAGAUGAAUGAUGUAAAAUCUUUCAAGCUCUCCUCUUAUUUCCUCAGGAAGUUGACUGAUGCGGAAUGGGAAGAGUACAAGAAGAAGAAUGACGAGCAAAUUAUCAGAACCAUCUCGAUUGAACUCCAGCAACCUGUUCAAGCCAGCCGGAGUAUUCGAUUUCCUCGUCUGGUCUAUAAAAAUUCCCAAGGUGCUGUCAUCAUGACGUACCAUCCCAAGAUCCGAGCAACGUUGAAAGCCUUGAGUAGCGGGCAGGAGAAGACUUUCGAGAUAUCGCAACAUGCCUGGCCACCACACAUUGUCGACUCUUUGACAGUCGCGGACUCUUACACUUUGACUCUUGAGCCCCACCACACUGAAAUUCCAUUCGAUUGUCAGCCAAAGACCUUUUGUGUUGUACCUGGAGAAAUGUCCAAGAUCUCUUCUGUUUCAGGCAUCUCCAAUGACAGUGUUGAAAUAGGAAAGAAAAUCACGAUCACUUUUUGCUUGCAGGAUUCUUUCAAUAACUUGAUAGAUGUCAAAGCUGUUUCCCCAGAAGUUGAUAUCAUUUUCAAUCAGAAUCAAUCUCUGCCAUUCAAAUUGAAAUUUGUUGAAAACUCAGUGGAGAUCUACGAUCUUCGCAUUACUUGUAAAGUUGGCAAACACAAUCUCAGUAUCAGAGCGAGAGAUAGGCGCAAUGGGAUUCCGAUCUCGUCUGAUUUCUCAAUCACUGCUACCCACGGAGCUCCCUUUGCGAUACACACGGAAACUGAUUGGACCGAGCAUGUCAACUACUCGAACCAUCCCCCUGUCAACGUCACUUUGAAAGAUGUCUCCGGAAAUCUGUGCGAGAGGCGGGAGGGAAGGCUUGUUGUGACUAGCCCCGACCUUCUCUUUGCGAAUAACACUCACUGGGAGUCAGUAGAGGUGCGGAAAGGGAUCUGCUGCCUUGCAAGCUCGUGUACGAGCUCCCUCUUCUCCUGCGCCCGGGCGAUGGAGGAUCCCUCGGUCGUGACUCACGAUGACAUGGUGCGAUUCGAGGAAAUCUUGCAGCAGCAAUCGACUCCAGUGGCGGCGGUGCACAUGGUCCAUGGCUUCUUCCAAGUCGGUGACUGCGUUGUUCUCGACACAGAGCAAGAGCUUGCUGUCGGAGACCCUCGGAAGACUCGACCCAAGUGCUCCUUCCUCGCAACGAUCCAGUCAAUCUUCAAGGUUGAAGGGAUGGAGAAGGUCGGGAUUUGUGUCCGGUACUUCUCGGACGAGAGACAGGAUCCUCGAUUACUCACGCUUACCGAGAGGUUUCAGAACCUCGACCCGAUCGCAAUCACCAGCCGAUGCUUCGUCUUUCAUGACUCGCUCCGAAACACCCUCGACCCUGCUUCGCUCUGCGACAACGUCUACUUCUGCGACUCCGAUGAGUUUCCCAAGACUCUGAGGAGCAACGUCGACCUGCUCUACGAGUUUGAGGGCUCGUUGCUGCAUCGGCGGUUGUCUGUGCCUCUGAUAGUCAGCAGAUCUCCGCGACGGUUCACUCUGUCCCGAUCCGAGAUGGACUUGCCGUGUAGGAACUCAAAGGUCGAUAUCAAGGUCAGGCACGGGGACCUCAUCUCUGACUUUCUCCUUGUUGCAACCGACGAGGCCAACCAGCCUUGCGUUGGAACCGUCACGGCCAUGUCAGAUCUCAAGGUAGAGACGAGUUGGUCUACUGCCGGCCCUCAGUUCUACAGAACGGCUGUCGAGAGAGCCUGCCAGCUGCCCCCGUUGCUGGUGCAGGCAAGUCAGCAGCACUCGAUCUCGGUGUUUUCCUGCCAGGCAGAGGCCCCCUCCUCUAGCCAAGCAGAAAGGCGAUUGUUUCAUUAUGAUGUGAACGUGGAGGUCUUGGCUGGGGAUCCCCACACCCUCACGAUCAUCUCGGUGUCGAAGAAUUCGAAAGCUACUGGAAACAAGACACUGAAAGGUGUCAAGGCAGGAGAAAGCUAUGUCCUAGAGGCGAAGAUCCUAGACAAGAACGGGCAUGAGAUCGUCCCGCUUCAGAACCAGCGUCUGGACGAGCGGAUCUCGUUCACCUUCGAGCAGGACGAGCAGCCUGCUGUCAACAUCUCCCUUUACGAUGAUUACAAUGCAGUCCUCCAAGGUCGCGAUGCCUGCGGCAACAUUACCAUCCUGGGCUCAAAGCUGCGCGUCAAGAACUGGCGAAUCUACGGGAGGCCAGGCAAAGGCUCACUGAAGCUCGGGAUGAGCCUGCACGUGAGCGAGGGGACGAGGAGCCAAAAGACUUUCGUCCUCCACCCCGCGGGCUACGAGCUGGAGCUCGAGCCUGGGGAUUGCAACGCUAUCCUCUGCAUCAAUCCGGAGAGCCAGGAGGGCCUCGAUGUGACUUGUCCAAGCAUGGCAGACUAUGAGUGUGACUUGCGAUUUUACGUUGCGGACAGCUCGGGGAACAACUUGUCCUCCCGAUGGCAGCACGAUCUUGACCUUCAAGUUCACAACCAGAGGGUCAAGCUGGAGAAGUUGACCGAUGCUCAGCAUGGGGAGGUGUACAGGCUGUCAAAGAUCCCUCCCCUGCCAUCUGGAAAUUACUAUCCUCACAUCGUCUCGAAGCGCAUUAAGAGCUUCACCUUCAACAUCACCGUCAACGCCAGGAACUCCGUCACGCGGGUGUCAGUCACGUUCGAGCAGGAUGAGAAGCAUCUCGAGGUCAUGUCAAAUGAUCAGAUGAUGGUCGCCAAGUUUGCGGCGAAGGUCCAGCUGCACACCGAGGACGGCAACCAUCUGGAUGACCUCGACACCGACAUGCCGCACGUGAAGCUCUACUCCCACGGGCAGACCAUCCCUUACGUGCCCACCUGUUUCAAGGACAACUGCCUUGAGCUGACGUUCACUCGCUCCCAGCUCGGUCCCCACGAGAUUUCAGUGGAGUUCACGGACACGAGGUCCUCGUACGACGAGAACAAGGUCAGUUGCGACGGUCGUGUCGUUGUCAAGCCAGGGCCAGUGGAGCAGCUGAAUUUGAGGUAUUCCAAGGCAGAGGGCGACGAGCUCCUCUGGAACUUCGACGUGACGGCCUGGGACCGCGAGGCCAACUCGACGAGCUUUCACCAGCGAUCGGAUUGGCAGGCCUGCGUGCUACCGUGCCUGGACCAAGAGGACAACUUCAAACUGGAGGCUAGUCAAGUCACUCUCGAUGCUCAGACCCCGAGCAGGGACAGCAGCUUCAGGCUUGUUCCCCUGACUCAUCCAGCCCGCGAGACGUCUGCCAGUAAGAUCUCCUUCAAGAUCAGCACGAAUGUCGAGCUCCUCCGCUCUAUCAGCGAGAUUCCUGUCAGCGCGUUGCUCCCUGCACCCUCCGCCUCCGCCAUGGUCGAUGACACCGAGAGCAGCUGUCCUCUCGAUGAGGGGGGGAGAUCACCCAGUGUCAAGCAGGAGCAGGAGGCCGCGGCUAGCGUCCUUGACAGUCGAGUCAAGGAGACGCAGAGGCUUCGACGUCGGCUGGCCGAGGAGAGGCAGACCAUCUCCAACUCCAUUUCUCAGCUGCCCCAGAAAGCAAGAGUCUGUCAGCCGAUCAAGGAGAUCUGGGUGGAAAUAAAAGACAGAGAAGACAAUAAGUUGUUGAAGUCAGACUGCAACAGGUUUGGAAACAGCUGCAACGUUCUGCGGGAUGUGUUUGAGCAAAGGCUGAAGGCGAUAGAAGACAUGUACAGCCAACUUCGAUACCCGGAGUGCAGUCACCGGGUCAAGAUCCCCAAGAAGGCUGACGUGCUAGGAUGUGUUGCGUCCUUGUUUGUCGUUGAUGACCCGAGGGCCGCAGACAUUCAGAUUGCCAUCUCCACAGCCUUCGGCGACGAGCUCAACUGCGUCCUGCUGACGAAGACCAGCAGAGGCACCAGCAGUCAGAUGGAGCAGAUCCGCACCUCCUCCGGCUUCAGCGUCGUCAAGGUCAUGACCCUCUCCGAGCUUGACAGGCUCCCCGACGCCGCGAUCCCUCUGGAUGAGCCUGACCUCUCCCCGGAUGGAGCGUACGGGAGAGCCAGCCAGUUUGUGGUGCCGGCGCCACCAAGGAAGGAGAAGGAGGAGACGCGGGGGAUGCUGCGGAGGUUCGCUCGGCACUUCUUCGGGAAGCUGAUCCUGUUCGAGAGGUCAGAGGAGGCGGGGAGUUACUUCGAGAGUUCAGUACAGGAAGGUGAGAUGGUUGUCGGCCUUGACAAGCCCACCGAGGUCAGAGUGUGGGACGGGAGCCUGGCAGUGGGGGGUCGUGAGCUGCAGACGAGGGUGGGGGUGGUGGACAAGAUGCGGUCAAACCAGUACUGUCAAGUCAAGGGGCAGCGAGCUCAGCUCGAGAGGAUCCAGGGCCAGCUGAAGGACAUCAUUGCGAGCUGCGACAAGAUAGAGGAAGACGAAGGGAGGCUGCAGGAGCUGGGAAUGACAACACCCGAGAGGAGGGGAGGGGAAGGGAGCACAGCAGACAUGAUGAGCGGGGAAGCAACGCUGCUGAGGAAGCGGGAGGAUGGCCAGGAGCAGCGGGGAAGGAGAGUGAAGCCUCGCAGGUUGUAG